AGAGGAUUGGGCGACGCUGCGAUGUGACGCACUUCCGGUCACGCCGCACUUUGCACCUAUUCUGAGCCCCUGCCCUUCACUGAGAGGAAGCCCAGGUGAUGGCAGCCAUACUCCCAGAAGCCUGGCACCAGGAGGUGGUGACCUUCAAGGACGUGGCUGUGUACUUCACCCAGGCAGAGUGGGAUGGCCUCUCUUCCGCACAGAAGGCCCUGUACAGAAGUGUGAUGCUGGAGAACUGUGGGAACUUGACAUCACUGGGAUAUCCAGUUCCCAAACCUGCCCUGAUAUCACUUCUGGAGGGAGGGGACUUGCCUUGGGGCCUGGAGGCACAGAGUGACCCAUCUGCAGAGAGGACCACAGACUUCUGUAAAGAUGCUGAGACCAACACUGACAGUGAGUCCACAUCAACACAGGGAGUUUCUGAAGAUCGAGAUGUGAUGUUGUCAUGUGGUCUGCAGAAGAGUAUUCUUCAGAGAACCAACUUCCUAGAAACAUGUAAACUGGAGAAGCACCAGGAAAUUUCCACAGAGAAAAAUGUUAGAGGAAAGUUUCCAAGAAUUCACUGGGAUAGGAAACCCUUCAGAUGUGAGGAGUGUGGGAAAUGCUUCAGCUAUUAUUCUUACUAUGUUAGACACCAGAGAAUUCACACUGGGGAGAAACCCUUUGAGUGUAAUGAGUGUGGAAAAGCCUUUAAUGGCAAUUCUUCAUUGAUUCGGCAUCAGAGAAUCCACACUGGAGAGAAACCCUAUCUGUGUGAGGAGUGUGGGAGAGCCUUUAAUGAUAAUGCAAAUCUGAUCAGGCAUCAGAGAAUCCACAAUGGGGACAGACCUUAUCACUGCAAGGAGUGUGGAAAUGGUUUCGCCAGUAGUUCUGAGUUCGUUAUGCAUCAGAGAAUCCACACUAGGGAGAAACCUUACGCAUGCAAUGAGUGUGAAAAAGUUUUUUUUGGUAAUUCACCACUACUUCGACAUCAGAAAGUCCACAGUGAAGAGAAACCCUACGAAUGUAAAGAGUGCGGCAAAAGCUUCAGAAGGACUUCUCAUCUUAGCCAACAUCAGCGUAUUCACACAGGGGAAAAGCCUUAUUCUUGUAAAAUAUGUGGGCAAGCCUUCAAUUUUCAUACAAAACUAACUCGUCACCAGAGGGUCCACAGCGAGAAGAAACCCUUUUACUGUGUCGAUUGCGGGAAAGCCUUUAGUGCUCAGGAACAAUUAAAAAGGCAUCUAAGGACUCAUAUCCAGGAGUCUUCCUAUGUAUGUGGUGAGUGUGGAAAAGUCUUGACUAGCAAAAGAAAUCUUCUUCAGCACCAAGGAACCCACAUUAGAGAGAAACCCUCUGAGUGUGUCAAGUAUGAAGAAACUUUUAGGACUUCCUCCCAGCUGGGUGAUCAUGAGCAUGUCUACCCUGGAGAGAAACCUGUGCUGGACAUUUGUCGUUUCGGUCUCCCAGAGUUUUUUACCCCCUUUUACUGGUAAUCGUACACUGAAUUUCCUUUUGGAUUCCAUCUUCUACUCAGGAGUGGAAUGUGUGACACAGGCCUGGCUCCACUGCAGAUUCCUUCCUCUAAGCCAUAGCUGUUGGUUCAGAUGUCAGUAGGUGACCCAAGAUGGUCAGUUAGAGUCCCAGGAUGUGGCCUGAGUUAACAGGAAGAAAUACUCUUCUUUUUUCGAAAUACUCGUCUUUUUUCCUUAGUCUCACUGCUGAGAGGAUCUCCUGGAUUCCUGUGGAGGCUGAGAAUAAAGCCAACACAGCAAAAGAGAAGCAAAAGUUGGAGAGCAGUCAAUUUGAUAGUUCUGUUUGAAUAACUAUAUUAAAUCAUAUCUGAAGCUGGAGAUGAAUCUUGGUUUUUGAAUUCCAGUAACCAAUAAAUUCCAUUUUUGUUUUU